GCAACAGUUCUUCAUUCAAUCCCUCAGUCGUGCACGAUGAGUCUAAACAUCGCAGGACUCGUGGUGAUGGUGCUCUUCUACCUGCUGGUGCUGGGCACCGGCAUUUGGGCCUCCAUGAAGUCCAAUCGACUGAAGAAGAGCAGCCAGGCGGACAUUACAGAUGUCACUCUGCUGGGGAACAGAGGGAUCAGCCUGGUGGUGGGAAUCUUCACCAUGACAGCUACAUUUGUUGGAGGGGGCUUUAUCGUCGGGCUGACAGAGGCAGUGUACACUCCAACCAUGGGACUGACCUGGGCUGUCAUACCAGUAACAGCAGCCCUCUCUUUCAUUAUUGGUGGACUUUUCUUUGCCAAGCCGAUGAGAGACAAACAAUAUGUGACAAUGAUGGACCCGUUCCAGAUCAAGUAUGGAAAUGUAAUAAGUGGACUUUUGACUAUUACGCUGCUCAUAUCCGACAUAAUAUGGGUUGCGGGAACUCUUAUUGGCUUAGGUGCAACAAUGAGUGCGGUCCUCGAUUUGGACUAUAACGUUUGCAUUUGGAUCUCUGCCGCAGUAGCCAUCAUUUACACACUGCUGGGAGGCCUCUACUCUGUAGCCUACACAGACAUCAUACAGCUUACCCUCAUAUUCUUCAGUUUAUGGCUAUGUGUCCCAUUUAUCCUGAUGAGUCCCCAUUCAACUGACAUCACCAAGACUGCUUUCAACUUCACCUACCAGGCCCCCUGGAUUGGUUCAGUGGAUAAAGACAGAGCGUGGAGGUGGAUUGAUAAUUUCCUAUUAUUGGCUUUCGGUAACCUUGGAUAUCAGAGCUUCCACCAGAGGACACUGUCAGCUGCCUCUUCAACCACAGCCAGGAUCACCUGCUUCAUUGCAGCUCCACUAAUCUUUGUUCUAGGAAUCCCAUCCCUUCUGAUUGGAGCAGUCGCAGCAUCAACAGACUGGAACUCUACCUUGUACGGCUCCCCGUCCCCAUACGAGCGAGGGGAGGCCGGUCUGAUUCUGCCCAUUGCUCUGCAGCACCUCACCCCAAACUACAUCUCCAUCAUCGGCAUCGGAGCUAUAGCAGCUGCCGUGAUGUCAUCAACGGACUCCGCUCUGUUAUCAGCCGCCUCCAUCUUCUCAUCCAACAUCUAUAAGAACAUCCUGAGGACCAAGGCAUCUGGUAGGGAGCUCCAGUGGGUGAUCCGGGCCACUGUGGUGUUGGUGGGCUUGGCUGGCACUGCGCUCACCUUCCUAAACAACAGCAUCAUGGUUUUGUGGAUCCUGGGCUCUAGCAUAACCUACAUUUUCAUGUUUCCUCAACUCACCUGCGUCCUCUUCUUCAAUAUCUCCAACGGAUACGGCUCCAUUAUUGGCUUGCUAGUUGGACUUUUGUUAAGAGUGCUGAGCGGCGAGCCGUCAUUUGGGUUACCCAUUGUUCUCCACUUUCCAGGUUCCACUCUUGAAAACGGCAUAUAUGUCCAGCGCUCUCCUGUACAGACGAUCUGCAUGUUGUCCAACAUGUUUGCCACUUUGUUGUUCUCCUAUCUAUUUUCCCUGCUCUUCGAUAAAGGACUGAUUCCUGAUAGGUGGGACGUAUUUAAAGUGAAAACCCACAAACCACAGAAGAAACGAAUGCUAUCGAUGAAUGAUACCACUAAGACAGACAAGGAGGAGAAAUCUCAGGAUGACACUGAAUUAAUGUUGACCACAAAUCUGCAAGAUUGAAAAAUAAACGAUUUAAUGCAAUUCUAUAAUGUUUUAUGAUGCUAUAGCUAUUUUUUCCCCCUCUUUUACAUCAAAGACUUAAUCUUUGUAAAAUGAUCAUCUUUGCCACAGAAUGGUGUAAUAAUUAAUCUCUUGUAAAUCUCUUGAGUUUGUUGAAGUAGCCUGCAAAUAUUUGCCCCGCGGUAUACCAUUCUUUUUUAUGCCAUAGCCUAUAUUGGGCGCUUUGACCAAAGAUUUAAAAAUAUGCUUAUAAUUAAAUCAGUUUAAAGUAAGUAAAUUGUGUGUUUUGUUACUUCCAGCAACCUAUCAUCAAUAGGAGUCCCAUCCAUGUCAAACAUUCAAUGUGGUUAAUCAAAAA